CCCCACAAAAAAAUGUCCCCGCCCUCUAACCCUCCCCCGGGUAGCUUCUUGUUACGCUAGCUAGUCAACCCAAAGGUACAAUAAACGUGUUUCUUACACAAUGGCAGUUAGCUAGCGAUACAACCACAUUAUUGUUGCAGGAGACACUUGCUCUGAGAAAGUGGAAAAGUGAUAUUUCGUGACUCAAACGGGACGCAUCACAUUUAGUCGAUGAUGACCUAACAAUCUGAAGUGGGGAAAGAAGACCAGAUAGAAGACACACAGAGUUUAUGGCCAUGUCCUCAUGCAGCAUUGAAAUUCUGCAGCUAUUCUCUACAUCUGAAAAGGAGUCGGUCCUGCGUGAUCAGCUUGCUUUAUUUUUCCCCUUUUGUUUUUUGUUCAAGUUUAUGUCCAAAAAACCACUGAAUGGAUAGCCUGAAGCAAAGUAUGGCCAUUCAUUGUUUAGAUUUUUGUAUGCUUAUGUUCUUCGGUACCAUGAUAUCUUUGAGUCAGUGAAGACACCGCUUGGUAUGGAGUAUUCAUACAAGAUCAUCAACUAGAUCGAUCAUCAAUCUUAGAAGAACUUGAAAAAUAACAAUAAGUCGGUCACAACAAGUUUUAGCUGAGGAAAAGAUCUUGGAAUCAACCUCGGUGUCACUUCAAACCGAAAAGGUUAAUUUGCUCGCAUUACUACAUUUAAAAUAUCUGCAAAUACGAAGACUUGCGCGGACCAAUAAAGUUACAACAUUUAAUGUAGAAGGUUUUUUAAACUAUUUUGCACUGAUACAUCAACAGUGAUGGGACAACAGUUAUGACUAUUUGGAACAAAUUCCAUAAUGGUAUCUUUAAAUCCAGAGAAGUGAAUUGCUGGAACUCUUGGAACUAUCACAAAGUGAUCAAAUUGCAAAUUAACUCUAAUGUAUAUUUGUCCUGCAUGUGAUAAAUGUUUUACUGAAUUUGUCUUCCUGGUUAUGCUUAGUCAGUCAUUGACUUGAAUUCAAGUGUUACAAGUUCAAGUUGUAACAGUUAAUUCCACUGUUCUUUAUGGAGUACCAUCUCUUGAUGAAUUUUUUGCAAGCCUAAUGUGCACUGCAUGUGGUUCUAUUAAGCUAUGUUCUAUGAAGUUUUAAAGACAUGCUUCACAUACCCACAAUAUCUCUAUAAUUAUGUCAAAAAAAUUAUUUAAAACUUUUGAGGAAAUAAGCUAAUUUGGUAGUGCCAUCUCCACUCCCAGUGACACAAUUACUCUUAAUAUGGAAUACCCCCCGAUGGACUACAUCAACUGUGGUGAGCAGGCAGGGGGGGCAGGUGCCUUCAUCUGUACUGAAUGUGGAGAGGGGUUUGACCACUACCCUGACCUUUUGACUCACAUGCCGGAGCAUGGCCCAGUGGAACCCUUCCCAUAUGAUUGUCAAUCUAAUGGCUUUGGGGCACCUCUUGAAUUUGCACUCCAUGAAAAUGGAAUGCUUACCGUGGUUGACAGGUCAGCGGAAUAUAACUACACUUCGAAUGGAAAGUCAUCCUCACAAGUUCUACCAUGGAAUCCAGCCACUCAUCUUGCAUCCCAGGCUAGUCCCAUGAUCCUAGCAUCAACUCAAGCCACACGUCUGGAGUCCCAGCCUACUUCUGUGGUUCAGACCCCCCUUCACCCCCUCCCCCUGGAGUCCCAGUCAACACCUGUGAUUCUCGCAUCCACCCAAGCCCUCAUUCAGGAGUCUCAGCCGACUCCUGUAAUUCAGGCCCCCUCUCAUGCCUCAGCUCUAGACUCCAAACCUACACCUGUGAUUCUCUCGCCCACUAAGGCAGCUGAGAGUGAAAACAGUUCUAACACCCUUGUGCCGCCUCACCCUGCACGCUUCCGAUGUGAAAUGUGCAACCAGGUAUUCAAUACACGACUUGGCUUACUGCGACAUCAGCGCUAUCGCACAUUGGAGCGGGGAUAUAAAUGUACCUUGUGCUGCAGGGUCUUUGGUGAACGAGAGGAUUUACGUCAACACCUUCAGUAUCAUUCCCAUGAAAGAUUUUAUAGCUGCAAGCAGUGUGGAAAGCGCUUCCUCAAACAGGAGAGUUUGCGUACUCACCAGGAUGAACGCCAUGGCACAGCAGGAUGCAAGACUUUGAGGAAGCUUGGAGAAGGACAAGAGAGCAGCUUGGAGAAGUCGUACCCUUGUAAGAUGUGUGACCUGCGUUUUUUCUGGCUUUCUGACUUGCAGAGCCACCUACUCAGUCAUGCCAAUGGAAAGAUUGUCUCAAGUGUCCCUGCUUACACUAGUCCACCCACCCAGAAAUCUCCCUCAAAAAAUGAAGUAUUACUUGAUAACCAUAUUCAAUCCAAACAAGAUACACCUGUCUUCAAGAAAAAGACUUCCCCUGAUUCUCCUGUUCCUAGUGCCAACGUGAGUUUCAGACCAUACCGCUGUGGUUUGUGUGGGAAUCGAUUCCAGCAAUUAUCUGACUUAAAGAAACACCACCUCACUCAUCAGACACAGGACGAUCGAGUAAAUGUUGAACCAGAACCUGUGCCUAAGCAGCAAUUUCGUAGUGUGCCGGCAGCAAGGCAGCAGAUCCAAAGUGGAGCGGCAACAAGGCAGCAUAUCCACCCUGGGGUUGCAGGGAAGCAGACAAAGACACGGGGCAGGCCUCCACGAGGAAGCCAGUCUAACCACAAUGCACGGGUAUAUCCAUGCAAACUCUGCCAUCGAGUAUUUGUGCAUUCCAGCAGUCUCUCAAGGCAUAUGCGGUACCACAAGGGGACUCUACACACUUGUGUUUUCUGUGGGAGACACUUCCCACAGCGUUGUGAUGUGAGGCGACACAUAGCAAUGUAUCAUCAUUCAGAAGUUCUGCCAACAAAGCCUGAGACUGCGGAAGGUGCAAAGGUUGAAGAUCAUAAUUCUCAAGGGGCACAAAUCACAUUUGAGUUGGAGAAAGGGUCACCUGAUAAGAGAAUGGACAGUCUCUAUCCUUGUGCAAAAUGUGGAAAGGAAUAUUUGAGCAAAUAUGAAUUGGACGGCCACAGUUGUGCUAGCCAACAACCCAUAGAUCCCAAAGAGGUGAGUUCUUCCCCAAAACCUCGUGUGACCUUCCAGUGUAAUGACUGUGGUAAGGGUUUUGGAUUACUUUGUGUAUACCAGCGCCACCAACGUUACCAUAGAAGGGAACUUGCUGGUGAGGUACACAAGUGUCCCCACUGUCCACGGCGCUUUCGCCAGUCCUCUGCUCUUUUGCGACAUCUUGACACUCACCAAAAUCAGUCCCCAGGGGAAGAUGACAAUGAUGUGCAGGUAUCUUCUACUACCACAUACAGUCAGGAUGCUGCCAUAGCUUUGGAGCAUGAUGAUGAGGAUUUAGAAGAUGAUGAAGACACAGAUGAGGAAGAGGGUAGUGGAACUGCCUCAGCAGAAGUGCUGUAUGAAUGCACAGAAUGCACUGAGACCUUCUCUUGUCUGGCGACAUUUUUACAGCACCAAAGUGCACAUGGUACAGAAAGUAUUGGAUGAUAACGUCUCAUUACAUUUUCCACACUUUUCCAUAUAUGUCUGAAGGAUGAAUAAAUUAGUGGUAUCAAUAGUGUCCACAAGAGUUGAGCUAUCUAAAAAAAUUCCUUCAUAUUCAUAAACUGAAUGUCAUGAUGAAUGAAAAUAAAUUAUGUGGCAUAUUGAGAUUUCAUAUGUUCUAGUGAAUUUUAGGACAGCUUACUGUUUAGAUCAAUGUUUUUGCUUAUGUGAAUAAAUAUUGGGCAUAUACAUUGUGUUAGGGGGAGUCUCAAGAUUUUGGCAAAGAAACAUUACAUCAUGACCCAAACUUUUUCUGGCAGAUUCCCAGUUUUCCUUAUUAGUUUUUCCUUAAAGCAAAAGUAUUAUGCCUUUCUUCAGUAUGUGGUCUCUUUCUAGCAACUGAACGUCUUGCUGUUGAAUGCUGUUCUCUGUCUGUAUUUAGAGUCAAACAGCGUUGAAACUGGCUGUGAGAGUAAUAAAUGGUGAUGCUUAUGUUCUGUCUGUUACAGGGUGAAUAUUUAAUAGUCUCUUAAUGAGGUGAUGCCUUUGGGAUUGUAAUUUAUGUAAUGUUUGCAUAUAAUGUAUGAAAAGGACACUAGUGUAGUUCUUCAUUGGAUUGUCAUUUCUGUUCAACAGGCCAUAUGUUGCUUUCAAAAAUGACAAAUGCAAUAGAGAUCAUUACCAGUAGCAUUCCCCAGGUUUAUUCCUAGGACAUGUCGGUUUUGUUUUUAAUAACCACACACUUUCAUUUAAAUGCAGAUGACAUGUAAUACACUUGUGGUAAUUGCAGGUAUAUUCAUAAUUUACAACACUUCUGGUAUUUGUUUUUCAGUUUGCUAUCGAUCACCUACAAGGCUCUACGGGGCUCUGAUCCUGGCUACCUCGGUGACUUGCCCUAAUGACAGCUAACCUUUAUAAUUAGAUGAAUAACCCCAACAAAAUUAAUCUGCUCUGUAAGAGACUGAGCCUUCAGUAAUACUGUCUGAAGCCUCUGGAAUGCAGCUCCAACCUAAGACCCAAGGACAAUAGACAGCUUUUAAAUGGGCUUUUACAUUUGUCCUUUGAACAUUUUACCGUUGUGUCUUUACUUCAUAGAAUAUUGCUUCUUUAAUUUGAGCAGCAGUAAUGCUUGCUCUAUGGUGCUUUUUGGGGGCGACAUAGCUCAGGAGGUAAGAGCGCUUGUCUGGCAGUCGGAGGGUUGCCGGUUUAAACCCCGCCCUGGGCAUGUCGAAGUGUCCUUGAGCAAGAUACCUAACCCCUAACUGCUCUGGCGAAUGAGAGGCAUCAAUUGUAAAGCGCUUUGGAUAAAAGCGCUAUAUAAAUGCAGUCCAUUUACCAUUUACCAUUUGAAUACACUCUUCCCUUUCAUUCUGUGUUUCAAAUCAGAAGGUUGGAGAUGUUUUGAAGUAAACUUUGCUGCUCAUUAUUCUGCACAGAGAAUCAAGCAAAAUACUGUCCUGGGUGAUGUGAUUAGGUAUUUGUAUUUUAAACAUUUUAUUUGAGGACUGUAAGGCAUUCUUGAGAUCUGUAAAAUGUGGAUCUGCGACCAUUUACAUCAUGUCAUGUUUUUCUUUUUCUAAGAGAGGACUUGACUAUCUUAAUCAUUGAAUUUGAAAAUACAAGGACCAUUUUAUGAAGUCUUGGAAAUGAAACUGGUUUGUGACAUGGGGAUAAUUGGCAAGCUGUUGCCUUGUGUAUUUUUCCAACGCCAAAUGAAUAAAUGGACCCUUCCUGGGUAAAUGUAUUGUGCCAUAAUAAUAAAUGGAAAUGUGUGUUUUA